UUUGCGCUAGCGUUAUCCACUUCGCGCUUUAGUAAUUUUGCCCCUAUGAGAGCAAAGCAAAUCUUCAGUAAGUAUAUUGGCCAUUUAAGGCUUUGGAUCAGAUAGAUGAAGAGAUUACUAAGAGAUAAUUAAGCGCACCUAUUAAUGUGUCCAUCCAACCAGAUUUUAGCAGUCUUAGCUCACAUAUAAAUCUAAGCGUAUAUGGUUUCUAAUGAUACACUUUUCUUCCUGACCUUGGGUUAAAGGACCAGAGAAAUACAGUAGCUUGACCUACAACCAGACCUCCCCAAAAUUAACCAGCCCUCCAUAAGGGAAUGCAAGAGCAGGCGAUGGGGCAGACACAGACUGCGUACAAGGACGAAAUUGAUGUGGCAGAUUUGCAGGAUAUGUACAAGAAAUUUGUUAUGGAGUGUCCCAGCGGGGCGCUGUUCCUGCACGAAUUCAAGAGCUUUUUUGGGGUCUCGAUGAACAACGAAGCGUCGCAGUUUAUGGAAAGUUUGUUCAAGUCCUUCGACAGAAACAGGGACAACACCAUAGAUUUUCUGGAGUAUGUGGCCGCCCUAAAUCUCACCCUUCGUGGAAAAUUGGAACACAAGCUGCGAUGGUCUUUCAAAAUCUACGACAAGGAUGGCAAUGGCUGUGUAGAUAAGAGGGAACUGAAAGAAAUCAUACAGUCAAUAUACAGCAUAAAGAAAGGAUGGAGAAGAGAUCAAGAGGCCCAGUUAAUGAACCCAGAGGAAAUAUGCGAGCGGAUUUUCCAAAUUGUGGAUGAAAAUGGUGAUGGGCAGCUUUCUCUGCAUGAGUUUGUGGAAGGGGCAAAGAAGGAUAUUUGGGUCCAAAAGAUGCUGCAGCUUGAUACCAAUCCCUGCAAUUGGGUUAUGGAGCAGAGGAGAAAGAGUGCGUUAUUCUGAUCUUUAAUGGCCGCCUGGGACCCACCAAUUUGCCUUCAUAUACAGGGACUCGCAGCAAGGGGAACAGAAGAACAACUCCUCCUUGUUUGUCCUUCUCACCUAAAGGGCUUUUAUGGGCAGAUGGCAAAAAUAUUUCUUCAUGCAUUAAUCAGUGACAAACUGUCAGCUCCUCUGCCCUGGACUCUUUCCAGGUGUUUUCAUUAUUCCAAAUGAGUCUA